UGUCAUCUGUACCGUGGACUGUUGGAGGUGGAGUCUUUGAUUAUAGAUGUGUAAGUUGUUGGUUGUGACCGUGUAUCAAGAUUAAUACUUGUCGCAAGACAUUGCGCGUGUGUCUGCUAGAAAUAGAUAAAUAGAUCGACUGCGUCUCCGUGUUGGUGCUCGACUCUCCGGAAUGAUGUAUCAUUAAUUCUCACGACUCAUUAAAGAGUGUGUGGGCAUGGAUGCGAUCAAAACGAGUCAAGAAAUCGUCCACGAAGGCUGGCUCAUCAAAUCGCCACCUUCGAAAUUGUGGAGGGCGAGAUGGAGAAAACGCUGGUUCGCUCUACGGCACAGUGGAGAGUUGCCUGGGCAAUACUUCUUGGAAUACUAUACGGAUAGACGUUGCCGCAAGUUGAAAGGUCGGAUAGAUUUGGAUCAAUGCGAGCAGGUGGAUGCUGGCUUGAGGUUUGAGAAUAGAAAGCAAAAAUACCAAUUUAUGUUUGACGUCAAGACUCCAAAGAGGACCUAUUACCUGGUCGCAGAAAGUGAAGCCGACAUGAACAAGUGGGUAGAUGCAGUUUGCCAAGUCUGUGGCCUCAAAGCCUACACACAGGAUGAGGAACAACAAUGUCAGAUGUUUCAGUUUGAGUCUCAAGAAUCGCCUCCAAUCUCACCAACUGGUACCAUCUCUGGUCCUUACAUUCCUAUCAGCGAAUGCAUUUCUGGUAGAUCAUUGAAUGAUGCCAGCUCUCUGAGUUCAGCUAUGGGUCAGGGCAGGGCGCAAUUUAGCGAUGCGCCAAGAUGGAAUGCUCCCUCACCUCCCAGAUCACCAACCACAACUGAUGCCGAAAGUGUUUUCACCGAUGACGAAUGGACUGCACCAGUGCCUAGCGUCAAUUGGGAAACCUUUCCAACUAACACUGAGCGCAGAUCAAGCCAUCCGUCUGGGGAGGCUGAAAUUGGCUCGUGGAGUGUCAUGAAACGAUUUGGGAAGCUUCAAAUUGUUGACUCAACAACCCCUCCAGCAGUUGAAAAGAUUCCAGCUCCACCUCGACCCCCUAAACCACCUCACAUGGCGCCUGAAAAUUUUGGUCACAAUUAUCUUAAUCUGGACAGCGCUACGGAAAGUUCAAAACCUACAACACCUGCUACACCUGCUCCAUCUACGCCGGCUACCGCGAUUGUGACUGAUGAAACCUACGACUUUCCACGGUCGCAUCAACCAGGGCCAAAUAAAGAUUUGAACGCAAAUACAGCUGGGCGACCAGCUAGGCAUUGUUAUUCAAAUGCUGCACCAACGAGUACAGAUGGCCACGUUUUUAGUUAUGACUUUCACGAUGACGAACCAUCCAGUCCACGUUCAGAAUGUUCAGCAACGGCAACUUACUCUAAUUUGCCAAGCCCUUUGACUUCAGACCCUUUGAAUACUGUACCAAGCACAAUGCCACCACCCCCACCAGUUGUUCAUAGAGACUUGAAACCAGGCAGGAGGACUAGCGACUCAACCUCAAUUAUCAGCAACGAACCAUCACCUGGCCCCAUUUUGCCUGUACCAGAAUUGAGCUCAACUGAACAUUCACCUGCUGAACCACCUAGUAUUAAUAGGAAGCUUAAACCUUCACUUGCAAAGUCACCUCUUGAUGGUCCAUUACAACUGGCAUCACCGCCAGGAAAAGGCAGAAUACGUGCAGCACCCAGUCCUACACCACCGUUGCAUUCUUUGUCCGCUCGACAUCAGUCAACAUCAGAUGAGGAUAACAAUGCUUACGAUGACAAAGAAGAGAUCUACUUCUUCCAAGACAAGAACAAGUUCAUCCCUGCUUCGCAUCGCUCUAUGGAAGCUCUGCAAUAUCUUGAUCUAGAUCUUGGAGCAAGUUUCAUGUCACCACCUUUGCCAUCUGCCCAAUCACCACCAAAUACAACUGUCUACAAAACUGUAGACUUCUUCAAAACUAAAGCAUUCAAUCGAACUAGACAACGAGUAGAGGAGGAGCGAAAGCAGUGCACCGCUGAAUUAACGUAAUCCUAUUGUAUUUUUUUUUUUAUGCAGUAUGCCGUAGUUGAAUCGACAAUUAUAUCAAGUAUACGGCAUGCGGUAUGGCUUCAAUUCUGUUCACAUCGUAGGACAAAAUUGACAAUGGUAAGUUACUCUCUUUGAUUACAACAACCAUGACUGAAUCCCUGUUAUGUCUCCAGGAAAAAACAAUCUAGGCACACUGAGCUCGUUUUCUCUCAUAUAUGCAUCCUUAGCUGAACACAUCAAUGCUAAAAUGUUUUUAGACAGGGAAUAAGAAUGCAGCCUAUAACUUUUAUUAUUUUGCAAUAUUAUGCAUUCGACCUUUUUGUAAAUAAUCGCUCAGCAAUCAUUAAAAGACUACCAAUACGGGUCAUGUAGUGUCGAUCACAGAAAGUAGAUACUUUCACCUGAUAAUGACAAAGCUCACGGAGCAUCGAUGACGAUUGCCUAUGCUUAUAGGUGACAGAUUUGUAUGCGUCUUUGUAAUAAUACUAUGGUGCUGAAUUAAUCUCGGUUAAAAAUCUCAAAUACGAUGAUAUUCAUACGCUGAUGCAAUUAAUAUCAUUCUGGGCUGAUUGUGAUUUCUAUUGAUUGUAUAAUAUGAAAAAGUAUGUGCAAAUCAGCAAAGUAGACAUUCCUUUAUUCUUUGCAAUAUUUAAAUACUGCAUUUGAUCGUGGGCACAGAGAAAGGCUCAUAUCUGAGUGAUUGUUUGCUAUCUAAUUCUAGGCAUUAUGAUGUUCAUUAGCUACUUUGUUAGAAGAAAUAUGAGAGUUGUUGGAGUUGAAUAGCAAUAUUUUAAUAACCAAAAAUAUAACAUUAAAUUUAAUAAUAACUCCGAAAGUGAUAGGAUAAAGUGUCUUUGUUAUAAAUCUGCAAUCGCGUAUAUAAUCUGUAGAACUAUAGAGAAAUACAAUUUCUUAUGGAAUUUUUACAAAGUUGAAGCUGAAACUCAUAGAAUAAUUUGGUAUUGAAAUGUCAAUCGUUUCAACGUAUAGGAUUUAGAAACAAAAAGAAACAUUUUUUAGUGUAUACACCAUUAGAUUAGUGAUUAUAAAUAUAUUCUUGAUUUUUCUGACCGGUACUAUAUUUUAUGCAGUGUGAUGAAUUUGGAUCCUGCAACGAAUUUCAACUCCCAUAUUUCGUAUUAGUUGAUGAAAUUCAUACCCUCUAUAAGCAUAUUGCUCUUAGCUAGUAUUUAGUAAAUAAAUAUAUUAUAAAUAUAAUAUAAUUCAAUUUGUUUUCAUCUGUCGUCAAAGCGUGCUUGAAUUUGUCUGACCUAAAAUAUUUCGUCAAGCAUUUAACAGAAUUGUUGAGUCAAAAAUAUUGAGUUUUAUUAUUUCAUCAUAUCAGCAAUUUAGACAAAGUUGAAACACCGAUUUAAAACCUCAAUGUACUGAUCUUUUCCCAUUUCUGACAAUAACGGUUUUUUGCACCGAGUACGGUGAAUCAUCAGGUACAAUCCAGACACUUCUGUAACAUUGAUAAACGUGUAUAAGCACAGAUAAAUCACAAUAUUACCUGAUAUCGUGUUUGACGAAAAUAGAUAUUAUGUAAAGACACUGUAUGCCAUACAUAUUAUGCAUAUACAUAUACACCUAUGGUGCCUAUAUGUAUAUAGGUAUAUACACACCCCAUUAUAUUGUAGGUCGUGUAUUAUACACACUUCUAUUUUUAUAAAUAACAAUAUUUUAAUACCUUUUUUAUCGAUAGGGUUUUUCUGUUGAUAUCUAAAUGAUGCGGCGAUAAUAGUUGAUGAAUCGAAUAACGUGUAAUUAUAGUAUAGGCAAAUUCAAUUCUUGUUUGUGAGUUAUCUUCAUUUAGUUGGACUGCGAUUUUUGAUGUCAAAAUAAUGUGACUGAAUUUCAAAAAUCGAAGGAUUACAAUUGUAGGAGUCACGAUGCGGCUUCCGACCUAUUAUGAGUCUCUGUCGAUUUUAAAAUUUGCAGAAGUGCAAUAUGUUGCAAAAAAUUGUUGAAACACAAUGUGGGAGCAAAUAGUUAAUGAUCAAAAUAAGAAACGACGAACAAUAUUAGAAUAACAAGUACCAAUAUUAAUAACGUUUGAAGCAGAGCUUCAAAUUUGUAAAAAGCUACAAAUGACAGAUUGUGCAAGUUUUUUAUACAAUAUCCCACCAAUAUUACCUUUUAGAUAAUAGUAUCAACAGUAUGUUUACAGAAAAUGAAAUAAUUAUGUUAUUUCACUAACCGCGCACAAUACGUUGAACGAAGCAUAUCGGCAAUAUUUUAAUGCAAAUACAUAUAACGAAAAUAUGAAGAAUAAAUACAUCUCAAAAUAA